AUGCUCUACGAACUCAUCGGCGUGGUCCGUCCAGGCCGCAGCGUCAACGAAAUCAAAGAUAUCACCCGUACGACCGGCAACAUCAUCCUCUCGGCCGGCGGCGUCGUCCGCGGCAUCACCAACUGGGGCACCUUCACGCUCCCCAACGUCGCACGAAAACAAGGCGCGACGUAUCGCGAAGGGCAUUAUUUCAUUCUACGCUUCGAUUCGAGCGCCAGAACACAGCACGCCGUGAGAAGGACGUUGGGACUGGAUCCGAGAAUGAUUCGGUACAGUUUGGUGAAGAUGGGGAGUAAGUUGGAGGAUAUUAAGGAUGUGGCGGGUAAGGCGGACUGGGGGAGAGCGCCGCGGGUAGGGGAAAAUUGA